AUGCCUUCCCUCCGUCUCUCCUCCCUCGUCCGACUAGGCUCACUCGCCUUCUUGACCCUUUUCAUCCUCCACUUCCUCUCCUCCUUCUCCUCCCCCUCUCCCUCUCCCUCACCAUACUACGACUCGCCCCUUGCGGAGGGGGGAACAGAUUCGGGAUGGGGAGAACGGUUAGGGCUGGAUCAUUAUGCGGAUUGGGAGGAGGGCGUGAGGGGACGAGUAGGAGCGGGAUUGGGAAAAUUGAAGGAUGGGGUGGGGAUGAUUACGGGAUUCGGGGGCAGGGGCGCAAAGUUGGGGAGCUUGUACGAGCUCGUUGCGACGUCGAAUGCGUCGCCUGGGCCGGCGUACUACGAUGCGCGGACAUCCAUGGACAAGAUCAAGCUCACUUCGACGCGAGUACUCGGGCACGGCGGAAAGUCGUCCUCUUCCUCCUCCUCAUCCUCCGCCGACGACGCAGACGACACCAUCUCCUUUGCCAGUCGAGACCGACGGCAUAUCCUCGUCACCGGCGGCUUCGGCUCGAUCGGCAAAGCCGUCGUGCGCGACCUGCUCCUCACGGCGGGCGGCUCCUCCUCGCGCGUCGACGCCUGGGGCGCACCAACCGAAACAGCCGACGAGUUGACCUGGGAAGAAGACGUGCUCGUCACGAUCCUCGACGUCGCAGACCGUUCGGCCGAACUCAACUUCCUCCUCCAGUCUGCGCCGCUCGACAAGCCCGGCGGAGCGGGAAAGAUCAAGGGUACCGAUCCUCGCACCCAGGCUUUCUCGGCUUCUGAGCGCUCGGUCGAGAAUUUCCGCAAGUCGGGCAAGUUGCGCGUCGUGGUAGGCGACGUGCGCGACGAGGAACUCGUCAAGUCUAUCCUCGAUCCCGCGGGUACAACGCACACCGACUUGCCGGCAGACCAACAAGCCGCCGCGCUCUUGAACCCCAAGCUCGGCCGGCCGAAGCAGAAAGGCCACGCUCUCGCGACGACCGUCAUCCCGCCGGUCACGGGUAUCGUUCACCUCGCGGCGUACGGCCCCAAGGCGUGUCGGACGAAUCCGGUCGAUUGCAGGAGCGUUGAGCAGGAUGGGAUCAACGCGAUUCUGGAGGCGAUCAAGCGCGAGGGGAUGGAAAAGCAGGCGGAGUCGGUCGAGCGGCCUUGGGUUGUCGUCCCGCGGCGAGCGGACAGGUGGGACGAGGCCUCGAUCGCCCACAACGGCAACUCGUCGACCCUGACCGUCCAGGUUCCCGAGUCGGCCAUCAAGGCCUUUACGACCAAGCGACCUUUGCACUCGCUUCUCCUCGAGCUCCCCUCAGCUUUCUCCAUCAUUGGCGACCCCUACGCCUCUCGCUUCGACCCCGUCCCUCACAUCGUUCAUUCGGCACUCGGCAACCUCCCCAUCAACGUCUACACCUCGUCCACCGAGAUCGAGCCCUUCCUCUCCAUCGACGAUGCCUCGCGCUCCAUCAUCCAGGGCGCGCGGAUGCUCGACGUCGCCUCGUCGAAGGAGUACCUCAAAUCGCUUGGCUUUGUCGCCGAACUCGAGAUUGUCGGUCCUCCGCCUUCGACUUCCUCGAAGCGCCCUUCGCCUCUCGCCGAGCUCGCCCAAACAGCCAUCUCGCUCAUCCAGUCCGAGUCGCCUUACGCCGAGAUUGAGACGGUCCGACCUGCGGUCGCCUCCCCUUCCGAGUCGCGCUUUCACACGAGCGAGACCUCGCUGCGCAAGACCGCUUCCAAGGUCCUUGGCUUCACGCCAACCACCUCGGUACACACGGCGCUCAAGUCGUACAUCUCUUCGAUCCUUCGAUUGCAGACGACCCACCUGUCGGCCAAGAUCAACGUCGCCUGCUCCUCGCCCCCUUCGACGCCAGUCCUCGAGGAGGGCCUCCUCGCAUUGAGCGGCUGCAACGUCCAGCUCCUCACGCUCAUCGAAGGCGCGUACUACACCCUCGGCUGCUCCCAAGGCCUCGAGGGCGAGCAUGACGAGCCUAUCGCGCUUGUGCCCGCCGUGCCGUACAAGGAGGGCGUCCGCGGCGUCGAAAUCAUCGCCGAGCGUGGUCUCGAGAACAAGGUCGACAUCCAGAUGCGCUGUCCCGUCGUCGGAAAGGACGGCAAGCUCGUACCCGGCGAAAGCGAGAUCGUCAUGUGGGCCGACACGGUCGACGGCGGCGAGUUUGCGGAACUGAACAAGGAGGGCGCCCAUCCGAUCGCCGAGUGGUACACCAUCGACUUUGUCCAGCGCGACUCGCGGAGCUUCACGAUGACGCUCCCGCCCACCGAGGGCGUCCCCGAAGGCGAAGAACCGAAGCGGCGACUCACCUUCCGCGACCCGACUUCGACCAAGCGCAGCCUGCUUUUCCAGCCGACGGGAGAGGACGCGCACGCGCUUCUGUGGAAGUUCAACCCGAUUUGCUGUCCCGCGACGGCAUCUCGGCGGAAGGACGUGUGGGACUUUUUCAAGGAGGACCCGCUCAUCACGUCUCAGGUCGCCUACCCCUCGGAAGACGGACGAACAACGCUUGGCGAGUCGACUCUCGCCGUCAAGCGCUGCCACGAGUUGCGCGCCGAGCACGACCGCAUCACCAAGCUUCAGCAGCGGGUCCGCUCCGGCCCUUCGUCCGUCUCGACGAGCGACGUCUGCCGGCCAACGUACGGCGAGGCGCUGACAUGGACCGCCAAGGACCAGCAGACGUGCUCGAGCGACUGCUCUGCGCCGAUCACUUGCAUCGCAUCCGAGGACUGCAAGUGCACGCGCGACCGCUGCGGCGACUCUCGACCCGAAUCGCCCUUUCCUCGAGUUGCAUAUACCGACCGCAAGUCGUUCCCUGCGACCGACGCACCGGCGCAGACGCUCGCUGAGCGUGUCGCUGCCCUUCCUUGGGACGCUCUCGUCUUGCCAGGCGCGAAGGACGCCUUCAACCUCGGCGUCGACCGCCUGCCAAAGGGUCACGUCGUGCAGCUUCCCGACGCGAUCGACAACCACCUCAAGUCGCCGGCGUGCUUCGACCUCGAGCGCUCGCCCCUGCCGUUCAUGGGCGACCACUACCUCGUCGAGGCGAUGAAGAACCGCUCGGUCACGCUCGACGAGGCGUCGUUCGUCCUCGUGCCGUACUAUCAGGGCUGCUACUACAACUACCUGCAGGAGAACACCUUCAAGAAGCUCGCCGACACGGUCGGCUUCGCCGAGACAGCCAUCGCGACCAACCCGGCCAUCACCGGCGAUCGCAUCGUCAUCCCCUUCACACACGACUUUGGCUCGUGCACGGGCUGGUGGCAAAAGCUCGAGGACGUCCUCGGCCACUCGCCUCCUUCGCCGAUGGACCAGGCCGUCGCGUGGCAGGUCAACGGCGACUACAACACGCGCUGCGUCAAGGUCGACCGCGACGUCGUCGUUCCCGCCGUGACGAAGCACACCAAAGCGCUGUUCGAGACGUUCAAGACGCCUGCGGACGUCGCACCCGUCAACUCGCGGAAACACCUCGCCUUCUUCGCCGGCGGCGUACGAGGGUUUGGCGCGAUUGCGCGGACCAAGAUUGGGUGCGGACGGACAGGGCAGGACCCGAACAGCGCCAUCUUGUACCAGCAGUUCUCGCCGGGCCAGCGGUACCUCGGCACGCUCAACGCGAGCAAGUUCUGCCUCUUGCCUCGCGGCAUUCCCGCUUGGACAACACGGACGUUCGAGGCGAUCUACGCGGGCUGCAUCCCCGCCUUCAUCGUCGACCGGAAUCUCUUCCCCUUCCAGGACAUUCUCGACUACUCUCGCUUCUCCGUCACGAUCCCCGAAGCCGACGCGCACCGGAUCGAGGAGAUUCUUUCAGCCUUCACCGCCGAGCAACUCUCCGAGCUGCAGGCCAACCUCGUCAAAGUGCGCGAGGCGUUCCUCUUCAAGGACGGCGAGGAGUGGGAACGACGAGGACCGCUGUUCUUCAGUUUGGUUAGCAUGCAGAUGAGGCUUCCGUUGCAGUACCCCGAAGUUGGAAGUUGUAUGGCGUAG